UUUCCGGUCUAGCUCUGCGCGGCCAAGUUCUUUUCUCCUUGGUGGUGGUGCACUUAACGGGGCCUUGGCGAGAAGGAAAAGAACUUCCGCUGUCGAGGGCAGCAUAACAUCCCCCUUCCGCGCGGACCUGGCGACCCCGGCGUGUUCCGCAGGUAUUGAAAAUGAAAUUGGAGCUGAGAUAAAUUGAUGAGCACAGUCCAUUCUUUGGCUAUUUACCAUCCAUUCUGCACACAUUGGAUAGUCCUCAAAAUAAUUAAACAGCUUCCCAGAAGUGGUGUGCUGUCUGGUCAGACCUUGGAAGGCUGUCCUGAGGUACCUCAACACCUUUCUUAUCACACACAGUCUCUGGAGAUAAUACCUCCAUUGUAGCCCCCUUUCUCCAGGACCACAGAUUCAUAAGUUACCUUGACGUGUCCUUGGAAUCCCUGAAGAGAGUGAUCACGAAUAUUUCAGGAUCAGACUAACAUGGAUGUUACCAAUUUGUCCCAUGGAGGUCUACUACCUGUGGACCCAGUGUAUAGUCAUGAAGAUGAGACAGAGGAAGAAAGUCUAGUGGCUGAUUGCCUGAGAAAUGAUCAGGAUUCAGUGAGCAUUGAGGAUGUGGCUGUGGAAUUCACCCAGGAGGAGUUGACUUUGGAGGACCCAACUCAGAGAAAAACACAUAAUGAUGUGACAGUGAAGAACUGUAAGAACUUGGCCACAGUAGGAUGUCAGACGCUUAUCAAACCCAGCCCUGCAUCUUCCUUGGAAGAAGAGGAAGAGUUGAUGACCAUGCACACAGGAGUUCUCCAAGAAUUGGAUAUGCAACUAAAAACCAAAGAUUCAGCACUUCAGCAGAAUUUUUUGACUGAACAUACCUCCAGUGAUAUACAACUAGAUUCGGUGACCUUUGAAGAUGUGGCUGUGGACUUUACCCAGGAGGAGUGGACUUCACUGGACCCAACUCAGAGAAACCUUUAUAAAGAUGUGAUGCUGGAGAACUUCCAGAACUUGUCUACAGUAGGACGUCAGCUGUUGAAACCCAGCCUGAUUUCUUGGUUGGAGGAAGAAGUGCAGUUGACAAUAGUAGAACGAGGCAUUCUUCAAGAAUGGGAGAUGCACCUUCAAACCAAAGGGACAGCACUUCAGCAGGAUGUGUUUUGGUCAGAUACAUCAAAUGGGAUACAGCUGGCAAGAAGCCACAAUGGAGAAGAACACUGUGACUCUAAGCAAGUUGGAAAAGUUUUUAGUGAACACUCAUUCCUUCAGACAUAUGCAAGUACUCCUAAUAAAGAGAACACUUCAGAGUGUAAUACCUAUGGAAAAAACUUCCUUCCAUUGCUCAACAACACCUCUACUGAAGAAAGACGUUCUAUGUUGAACCAGUGUGUAAAACCUUUUACCUUGACUCCAGAUGUUUACCAGAAAAAAUUUACUGAUGAUAAAUCCUUUGAAUGCAGUGACUGUGGGAAAACCUUUGUUAAUGAGACACAUCUUCAGGCACAUAGCAGAAUUCACAAUGGAGAAAAUAUCUACAAAUUGGAACAGUGUGGGAAAACUUCUACUAAUUCCACAAGCCCCGAUGGGUGUGUUGAAAUGCCCACUGUAAAAAAAUACUAUGAAUGUAAGAAAUGUGAAAAAUUCUUUACACAUCCUCUUUACCUUAAUAUUCAUAUGCAAAACCACACUGUGGAGAAACCUUACGAUUGUAAGGAAUGUGGGAAAGCCUUCACCAAGCGCUCAAGCUUAAUUGUACAUUUACGAGAACACACUCGGGAAAAGUCCUAUGAGUGCAAGGAAUGUGGGAAAGCCUUCCUUCAACCCUCACGCCUUGCUGAACAUAUGAGAAGUCACACAGGAGAGAAACCCUUUCAGUGUGAACAAUGUGGAAACGCCUUUGCCUCUUCAUCUUAUCUUACUACACAUUUGAGAACUCACACUGGAGAAAAGCCCUUUGAGUGUGACAUAUGUGGGAAAGCAUUUACACGUUCCUCUUACCUGGUGGGUCACAUACGAACUCACACUGGGGAGAAACCAUAUGAAUGUAAAGUAUGUGGGAAAGCCUUCAGUGGGCGUUCAUGGCUUACUAUACACUUACGAAACCAUACUGGGGAGAAGCCCUAUGGAUGUACAGAGUGUCAGAAAGCCUUCACCAGCUUUGCUCAACUUACUGAACAUACAAAAACUCACACUGGCGAGAAACCCUUUCAGUGUAAGGUAUGUGCAAGAACCUUUAGAAAUUCCUCCUGCCUUAAGACCCACUUUCGAAUUCACACUGGAAUAAAACCCUACAAAUGUAAUUACUGUGGGAAAGACUUCACUGCACGCUCAGGCCUCACUAAGCAUGUACUAACACACAAUGGGGAGAAGCCAUAUGAUUGCAAGGAAUGUGGGAAAGCCUUCAGUACAUCUUCAGCCCUUGUUGAACAUAUAAGAAUUCAUACAGGAGAGAAGCCCUUUGAAUGUUACCACUGUGGUAAAGCCUUGGCUCAUUCCUCAUCUCUUGUUGGACAUUUGAGAACUCACACUGGAGAGAAGCCCUUUGAGUGUAACAUGUGUGAGAAAGCAUUUUCAACUUCAUCCCACCUUCGCAUUCACAUGCGAACUCACACUGGAGAGAAACCUUAUGAAUGUAAGGAAUGUGGGAAAACCUUCCCUGAACGCUCAUGCCUUACUAAGCACUUAAGAACACAUACUGGGGAGAGACCCUAUGAAUGUAAGGAAUGUGGGAAGGCGUUCACUAGCUUUUCUCAACUUAAUGUGCACAUAAAAACUCACAGUAGUGAGAAGCCCUUUCAGUGUAAGGUAUGCACAAAAUCAUUUAGAAAUUCUUCAUCCCUUGAGACCCACUUUCGAAUUCACACUGGAAUAAAACCCUAUAAAUGCAAUUAUUGUGGAAAGGACUUUACUGCACGCUCAGGCCUUACUAUACAUCUACGAAAUCACACUGGGGAGAAAUCAUAUGCAUGCCAGGAAUGUGGGAAAGCCUUCACUACUUCCUCAGGCCUUAUUGCACACAUAAGGAGUCAUAAGGGGGAGAAACCCUUCGAAUGUGACCACUGUGGGAAAGCCUUUGCUUCUUCCUCGUAUCUUAAUGUCCAUUUGAAAAUUCAUACUGGAGAAAAGCUCUUUCAGUGUACGGUGUGUGGAAAAACAUUUACAUGUUCUUCUUACCUUCCGGUCCACAUGCGAACUCAUACUGGUGAGAAGCCCUUUCAGUGUAUAAUAUGUGGAAAGUCAUUUCUGUGGUCCUCUUAUCUUCGGGUUCACAUGCGAAUCCACACUGGAGAGAAACCCUAUGUAUGUAAGUACUGUGGAAAAGCCUUUACCGAGCAUUCAGGCCUUAAUAAACAUUUGCGAAAACACACUGGAGAGAAACCAUAUGAAUAUAAGGAAUGUGAGGAUCCCUUCAUUAGUUCUUCUGACAUUAAUGAACAGGAAAACUCUUUGAAUGUAAGGAAUUCAGAAAAUCUUUUUGGAAGUCCUCUUGAUCCUUAGUAAUUGCAGUUGAAUUCAUAGUUGAGAAAACUCUUGGAUAUGAGCAGUGUAUAAAAGUGUUGUUGUUCAUUUCAAAGACAAACUUAUUCUGAGGAUAUACCAUGAAUUUAAGAACAUGGGCGAGUCGUCAUUUAUAAUCUCAGUCCAGUAUGUAAGAACUCAUGUAAGCUAUGUAGAAUAAGAAACAUGCUAACCCUGUAGUAUUUCUUUGAGUCUUACUAAAUAUGCAAGAUAUCACAAUAAAAUGUUCUAAGAGUGAAAACAGCAUUCUGAGAGGUUCAGUGUUGACCUGUGUCUCACAGUGGGAAAAAGCUUCAUGAAAGUCAGAAAUGUUGGGAAGUUUAUUUGUAUUAUUUAACCUUGAGUGAAAUGAUGUUUUAAAUGGAACAGAAACCAUGUGUAUGUAAUAUGGGAUAAGCUUCACUGUGUUCUAAAAUCUUGUAUGGUUAUAAACAUGGCUUUCUGAGUGGUUCUAUAGAUAAAUUUUGAAUAUUCCAAGCA